AUGCCAACUCAAACCCUGCUCGAUGCUGUUGUUCCAUGGGUAUGGGCAGGUCACCGACCCGGGAAGGCUAAAAAUGCUGACCCUGUGAAAAUUCAACUUUUGCCAGGGGCCCAGCCUCCAUGUGUGAAACAAUAUCCAAUGCGGAUGGAAGCCAGGAAAGGACUGAAGCCGUUAGUUGAACGGUUCCUGGAGUAUGGCCUUCUCCGUGAAUGUACAUCAGCUUUUAACACACCCAUCUUGCCUGUGAAGAAGCCUAAGAGUAAUGAAUAUCGUUUCGUCCAAGACUUGAGAGCUGUAAAUAAAGUGGUUGUGAGUAUAUACCCGGUAGUGCCUAAUCCAUACACCUUGCUAUCUGCUUUGAACCCAGAUCAUAACUGGUUUACGGUUAUUGAUUUAAAAGAUGCUUUCUUCUGUAUACCGGUAGAGAGGGGAUCUCAGGAAAUAUUUGCUUUUGAAUGGGAAGACCCAGAUACUAGCAUUAAGACUCAGUUGUGCUGGACUGUUUUACCCCAAGGAUUUAAAAACAGCCCAACCCUAUUCGGCAAUGCAUUAAGCAAGGAUUUACGCAGGCUAAAACUGCCAUUGUCCUGUGCUCUUUUGCAAUAUGUGGAUGACUUGCUUUUAACAGCCACCACUGAAGCAAGCUGCCUGGAAGGAACAAUUUGCCUCCUUAAUUUUCUGGGUCAACAAGGAUACCGGGUAUCCAGAAAUAAAAUGCAGCCCAUAUCCCAGAAAGUAACAUACUUGGGAUUUGAAUUACAGCCUGGUCAGAGAGCCCUGUUGCCUGAAAGAAAAGAAGCUAUAUGCCGGCUGGCACCCCCAAUAACAAAGAAACAACUACGAGGAUUUUUAGGUACAGUAGGUUUUUGCAGGAUUUGGAUUCCAAAUUUUGGGGUUAUUGCAAAACCUCUGUAUGAAGCAACACACGGAGAUGAAAAGGUGCUCAAAUGGACUGAAGAGUGUGAGCAAGCAUUCUGCCAGUUAAAGCAGGCUCUCAUUGAAGCACCCGCCUUAGGACUACCGGACAUGAGUAAGCUUUUUUCCCUUUUUGUGCAUGACCGAGGUGGGUUAGCCGUGGGAGUCUUAACACAAAAAUUGGGUAGCUGGCAAUGACCAGUGGCAUAUUUUUCAAAAAAAUUAGACUUUGUGUCAUGUGGAUGGCCUGCUUGUCUCCGGGUUGUUGCUGCCACCUGUUUGCUAAUACAAGAAGUUGAAAAGUUAACCCUAGGUCAUGAAAUGAUUGUAUAUGUGCCUCACUCAGUGCUUACAGUCCUGGAGCAGAAAGGAGGGAACUGGUUAACUCCGGGACGAAUGGCUCGAUAUCAGGCCAUCCUCCUAGAUAAGCCUGAAAUAAAAUUGGCCAUUUCUCGCACUGUAAAUCCAGCAACACUGUUGCCAUCUAUGGGUGACACACCAGAUCUUGUGCAUGAUGGUUUGCAAACAUUGGAAGCUGUUUAUUCUUCAAGACCAAAUUUGAGAGACCGACCUCUUGAAAAAGCUGACCUGGAGUUUUACACUGAUGGCAGCUCGAGUAUAGAGAAUGGAAUUCGAAAAUCCGGAUACGCUAUCAUGACUACACAGAAUGUGAUAGAAGCAGGACCUUUAAACCCAUCUGUUUCAGCUCAAAAGGCUGAACUCAUUGCUAUGACUCGGGCUUUGCAAUUGGCGGCCAACAAAACUGUCAAUAUUUAUACUGACUCUAAAUAUGUUUUCCUUGUUUUACAUGCUCACGGAGCGCUAUGGAGAGAGCGGGGUCUACUUGAGUCAAAAGGAACAGGCAUUAAGCAUAGCAAGCAGAUAAAAGCCCUCCUCAAGGCAGUCUGGGAGCCAAAAGAGGUAGCGGUAAUGCAUUGCAAAGCACAUCAAAAAGAAAAUAAUCCCUCCACAAAAGGUAAUCGAUUUGCUGACGCUACAGCAAAGAAAGCAGCUAAAAGACCUCAGACAGACUUGCUGCCUGAAGUAAGUAAUCUGUUACCUCUCCUCCCAGACUUAUACCAGCCUGUGACACCACAGUAUGGGGAAAGAGACAAACAAUUGUGGAUCAGUCACUAUGUAACUGGAGUGGGAUUAAGAGAGGCUGCCAAGAAGGUAUCAGAGACAUGUGAGGUCUGCCAGAGAAAUAACCCAAAAGGAGGGAGAAAAGAAACUUCAGGACAUCAGAGAAUAGGCAAUGGGCCAGGAGAAGAAUGGCAGGUGGAUUUUACUGAGUUACCCCGGCAACAGGGGAUGAGAUAUCUCCUUGUCUUUGUGGACACUUUCUCUAAUUGGGUUGAGUGCUUCCCAUGUCGGACUGCCCAAGCCCGAGAGGUGGUCAAGGCUCUCCUACGAGAAAUCAUACCUCGCUUCGGACUUCCAAAAGGAAUAGGGUCAGACAAUGGCCCACAUUUCAUUGCACAAAUUACUCAGAAGGUUUCUGAGUUCCUGGGAAUCAGCUGGCAUUUACACACCCCUUGGAGACCCCAGUCCAGUGGAAAGGUGGAACGUAUGAAUCAGACCUUAAAAAGACACCUUGCAAAGAUUUGCCAAGAAGCUCGAUUCAAAUGGCCAGAGGCCCUACCCUUGGCCCUGUUACGAGUAAGGGUCGCACCACAUUCUAAAUUGGGAUUAAGCCCAUUUGAGAUAAUGUAUGGUAAGCCUUACCCUCUGAGUCUGCCCAUGGGUACUGAACAACAGUUACAUGUUUUAGGGGAGGGAAUGAUUAGAGAAUAUGUAUGGUCCUUGGUUUCUGUUUUGUCUUCCAUCCAUCAGCAGGUACGGGACGUGCUGCAGACACAGGACCAGUCUCCUCACUCAGAAUCAGGCCUGUCGAGCUUAGUGCAAGUUUCAGGGGAUUUUGAAGAGCUUGACUGA